AUGAUUUAUGAUUAUGUUUUUUUUGCAAAGCAAAGUAAAGUAAAGUGGUCUUAUAACCUAGUUUGGUUUUAUCAUUAUUUAAAUAUUGGUUUUUUAUUUGAAAAGCAACAAAAUGACAAUAGCAAUACAACAAGUAAUCAGAAGCAAACAAGACAACUUAGACAAUCAACAAACAUCAAAAAUUUAAAUAACAGCAACAGCAAUACACUGACGUCGUCUCAACAACAACAACCACAACAACAAUUAGUACAAAGUAUAGAAAAAGAUAGUCUGAUAAAAGAACAACAACAACAACAACAACAACAGGAUAUAGAACAAGAAGUAAAAAUACAAUCAUUACCAAAAUAUACACCAACAAAUCGACACCCAGGUGGAAAGCGAGCACUCAUUAGAUUCGCCGGUAAAGACGGUACUGAAAACGUUCAAUUCCACUCAAAGACAAUGCUUCAACUCUUAAACAAUCAUUAUUUUAUAGGUCAUCUGAGGAAAGAUCAACAAGCCGUAGAGCCAAGUAGAUGUUCUAUAAUUUAA